AGCAAACCAGAAGCCCCGUAUCCAUCUUUUCUCGAAGGCCCCGCGCCUGGCGUCUACGGCCUGGGCCCUGCGGGGCUCCCCCGCCCCCUAACUUGCUGGCGGCGUUCUAGAGCCCGGCGGGGCUGGGGUGGCGGUGGGGAUGCCGGGGGCCUGCUCUCCCCUCGGUCCGCUCUGGAUAUCAGUCUCAGCAUCCCCCUUUUAGCGGGUCAACUUGCCCCGAAAAUCUCUCCUCGUUCUUCCUGUUCGUCACACAGCAGGGCUCCAGCUGGCGAGGCAGGGAAUAAAGAGAAGUUCCAGGCGGGCGCUGGCGGCCCAGCGUGCACCCCCUCCUCCUCCCUGCCGCCUCCCGGGCUUCACAGAGAGUGCCAGGAGCAGCGGCGGGGGUCGCCGCCCGUCGUGGUGCUUUGGGGGCGUCUGGAAGGCUCCUGUGUCGCCCCUGCCUCCCCUCGUUUCUCUCUCAACCACCACGCCGCCGCCCCUCAGCUCCCUGGCGCAGUGGUCUUGGAAAUACGCCUUCCAAUCCCGCGUGGCUACUGACCAGGACUGGCGUGGGGACAUUUUUUUUUAAAGAAAAAAAAUCCCAUUCAGUGUCCCAAGCGUGUGUAGCCACGGCAGUGUUGUGAUGGCGACUCUGAGUUCCUAGAGGGAAGGGAUGGAGUCUGUGACUACGUCUAAGGUUUACUGCAGACUGGGGACGAACACUUAGUAAAUGUUUUUCUUGAAGGAGGAAAUGGAUGCUAGAGACAAGCAAGUGCUUCGCUCCCAUCGCCUGGAGCUGGGUGCCGAGGUACUGGUGGAGGGACUGGUUCUUCAGUAUCUUUACCAGGAAGGGGUCUUGACGGAAAACCAUGUUCAAGAAAUCAAAGCUCAAGCCACAGGCCUCCGGAAAACAAUGCUGUUGCUGGAUAUCCUACCUUCCAGAGGUCCCAAAGCAUUCGAUGCAUUCCUAGAUUCCCUGCAGGAGUUUCCCUGGGUAAGGGAGAAGCUGGAGAAGGCAAGGGAAGAAGCUGUAGUUGAGCUGCCUGCAGAUGACCAGAUGACUGGAAUCCCCCCGCACGUCCUCAACAGCUCCCCGUCGGACCGGCAGAUUAACCAGCUGGCCCAGAGGCUGGGCCCUGAGUGGGAGCCCGUGGUGCUGUCUCUGGGUCUGUCACAGACGGACAUCUACCGCUGUAAGGCCAACCACCCCCACAACGUGCAGUCGCAGAUGGUGGAGGCCUUCGUCCGCUGGAGGCAGCGGUACGGGAAGCAGGCCACCUUCCGGAGCUUGCACAGGGCCCUCCAAGCCGUGGAGGUGGACCCUUCCGUGCUCCGGUACAUGUUGGAAUGAUGGUGCCUCCGUGGAUCCACUGGGGUGUGGCUCCCCGAGUCCGGUGUGCCGAAUUCUGCCUUUCACCGGGGCAGGUAGUUUCGGGGGAGGGGAGUUUGCGCUUUUCUUUUUAAUGAUUCUUAAAUGAAAGGAGAAAAUAGGAUUUCCACUUGACAUUACUUGAAAGAUCACAUUUCUCAGUAGAUCUCCUACAUUGGCUUGACAACUCGUUGUUUUUAAUUGCUCGAAGAUUGCAUUAUUUUAAUUGUGCCGAUUUUAAUUGUGUGGUUGCCUUUUAAUAGACUGAUAAAUCAUAGUGGCUCAAAAAAAAAGUUCCGCGUUAUCACAUUACAUGCAGGUCUCCUAUAUAUAAAACAUCCACUUUUAGGUUUCCUGGGAAUUGAACUGUAGACUUUGCUAUUAAUAAUGAUGAUGAUAAUAAAAGGUGAAUUACUAUAUAUAAUGUGGCCCUUUCAUGAGAAAGUAUUGUUUGUUUGUUUUUUCUCAUUUUUGUAUGGCACAGAUUAAGGGUGUAAAAUUACAGUAGUCAUUUCUUGGGAACAGAAUUGAUAGUCACAGCGAAAUGGUUACUUUCUCCAGUUAAAAGAAUAGCACAGGCAGGGUGUCUGCAUUAAAUUUAAGAUACUAAAGCUUCCUACAAAGGCCAGUUCAAGUACCAGCAUGCAUACCUGAGCCCUUCAUCUUUAAAAGAUUGCUUAAGAAAAUCCUGUGUUUGUAUAAAGGAUUUACUCGGGGACAAAAGGGGGUGUGGUCUCUCUGUUGGAACCUCGAUGACUGAGGUAUGUGCUCCUAAGAAGUAUGAUUUAGUCUCCUGUCUUUGUGUUAAGAGCACAUGGUAUUUGUCAAAUGCUUUACUGUUUUCAAGGCUUUCCAUAUAAGUGAUCUCAUCUGGACCUCACAAAAGUCCUAUAAAGUAGUUGGGCCAGAGAGGUGAGCCUCCUUCUGUGGAGAGGUUAAGUAAUUUGCUUGGGGCGAAUGAGCCAGAAUGUGUGUCUUGGGCGCACUGCUCCUGUGUGUGCUUUCCAAUGCUCCAUGCUGCUUCCCUUCCUCUCUCUUCCGUGCUGGUGCCAGAAGCUCGAGUCCUGCUCUUCUCCUGCGGGCAGCAUCCCCUCGGACGAGUUACUUCACUUCUCUAAGCCUCAGUUUCCUCAUUUGUAGAAUGAGGAAAUGAUUGUCCCCACCGCCAAGAUUUUUGAUGACUAAGGGAGGAACGUCUGCCAAGGGCCUCCUGGUGCCUAGCCCGUGCUCAGCUCUUGGGAAAUGGCAGCUGUAAAUUUGCUGCGGCUGCUGAACGUGGAUGCAGUUCACAGACACAGCUGAGGAGUGGCUGAAGCUGAGGCGCUGUAGGAGGAGGUGCUGUUACCAGGUUACCUGCUACACUUAAACGUGAUGCGAUUUAUUAGCUCUGCAAUGGGUCCAAUCAAGAGGGGCAGGUGAACAUUCCCAAUCUAUGAUCUGUCUGUCUGAAUAAUUGGAGAGUCUAUUUCCUAAUCCUAACCUAACUCAGGAUUUCUCAAAGGGAAAGAGUUAUGCUUUUUACCUCUCUCCAUUCCGAGGAGAAGUAUAUAGAGUGGUAGCGUUGAACAUGAAGUGGGUGCUCAAAAAGAUGACAGUGGUGUGUUGACAACAUCCUUUCAGAUGUCUGGUAACCAUAUUCCCUUUACUGAAAAAGAUCAGUUAUUUCAUGGUUCAGCAAACCGUUCAGAAGGAUGGUCUACUGGCCUCAUCUGUUUCAAUUUUCCAUUUUGCAGCCCAGCCAUUAAUUCCUUAUCCUGUAAAGUUCUCAUAUUCUUGGCCCUGUCACUGUGCCCAGUGACAGACUGUACUUCUACAGCAUCUUCAAUAAACUGCCUGUCAUUUUGAACCUUGGACUUGUCACAUUGCUAUUCAUCCCCCUGGGUUUGCUAACAGACAGUUGCUUUGGCUUUUGUUCUCGUUUAUGGAUGAGUGAGUGUAGCUGGGCUCUGCUGCGUCUGACUAGGUGGCAUUAGAAGUGGGUCUGAUGAUUAGCUGGGUCAUCUUCCCGCCAUUUGGAAAGAAUCGGUCAUGCACGAAGAGACUUCUGUGCUCUGUCAGCAGUGAAGGACAAUUCGUGACAAACUGGCCCAUGAUGGGCUGCGGGGGCCGUUAGAGAGCUCUGACUUGCCACCCUUAAUGAGCAGGGUGUCUCCACCAUCAAAUGGCAGCCGCACCUGCUUGGACCCGCUCACAUCCUUACAGAAGAUUUGCAGAACGGAAGAACAGGGCAUCCAAAUCACUGCCUCAUUUCUACCUCUGGCUCUGAAGAGUGAUGCUACCUGGCGUCUGCCUCCCUCCCGAGAGAAUCUGCCGGGUGAUGUGCCUUCAAGGAGUCUGUGUGUUUUUGCAUGGGAGAAGAUUCCAGAGAUUGCCUACCUCCAAUAAAAUUCUGAAUCAGUGCAACGAGAUGGCAUUUGCAAGCAGUGACGAAAAACAAAAAGGAUAAACAGUCUUGCUCCACUUUGGUUUGGGGGGUGUGUGUGUGUAUGUGUGUGCAUUCAUGCACAUGCAUAGAUAAGAACCCUAACUUUUUAAAAACUAUAACUUUUAUUUUAUCAGUACAACAAUAGUACAUGUUUGUUAUAGCAGUUUGAAAAAAAUCCUAAUAAGAAGAAAAAAAUAAGAAGUCCCCCUAUUGCAAUUUUUUAAAGAUAAUCACUGGUGCACCCCAGUUUUGGUCUCUGUCGUCCAGUUACUUUCCUCUGGCUGCAUAUUCUCUUCAUAACAAAAGUGGGAUUGUAUCAUGCAUGCUGUUUUACAAUUGGCUUCUUUUAUUUAACAUGUAACUAUCUUUCUAUGUCAUUAAAUAUUUUUCUAUACUA